AUGGGCCAAAUAAUUAGUGACAUUGGAAACAAUUACGUUUACAUAAUUGUUGACGAAACAACCGAUCCAAGUGGUUUGUGUAGAUAAUUUUUUUCAUUCCUCAUAUAACAAAAUGUAUUAUUUUCAUUUAGGUUCGGCUAUUGCACAUUUAUCAAUUGGUAAAUUAGAUGGGACGCCUAGUAAAUCAUAUUUAGUUGCAUGUAAAGAACUAGGAUCCACCAAUUAUGAAACUAUUUGUCAGUUUAUUGAUUCCUCGUUAAAUAUACUUCCUGGUAUUGGACACAAAUUAUUACUUUUUAUUAGUGAUGCUGGUAAUUGUAUGAUCAAACAGCAAAACAUUAAAAAUAUUUUGCCCGAAAUUAAUUCAUAUUUACAUGUAUGGCGCACGCAGUUAAUACAGUUAUAAAGAAAAUUCAAGAAUUGUAUCCCAACAUCAAUAGAUUGAUUAACAAUGGUAAUAUAUUAAGUACCUAUUUAAAAUUUAAAUACAUAUGUAACUUAUGUCGUUUAUUUCAGGAAAAUAAGCUUUCCUAAAAGCACCAUUGAGAAUAAAUAAAUACAGAAAAGAAAUGUUGUGUACAUCUUUACCACCCGAACCCAUUAUUACAAGAUGGGGUACAUGGUUAAAUGUUGCACUUUUCUAUGCAAAUAAUUUUGAAGAGUUUAAAAACGCGAUUGGAAGUUUAACAAGCAAUGCUAAAAGUUUUGAAAAGCUGAAACAGCUUGUACAAAAUAAUGCAAUUAAAUGUGGUUUAGCAUUCAUAAAAUUACACUUCUCUGAGUUAUCCAUGAAUCUUAACAAUUGGGAAGAAUCCAAUAGUGAACUACUGAAAAGCAUGGAUAUUUUCAGAAAAAUUGAACAUUUUUAA